AUGGCUGUAAGGACCGAACAAUUGGAAGCACCCCAAGUAAAGUUGGACAAUUUGACAGAAGAAGAGCAGUUGGUUCAGGAAAAACUGAAUAAAUAUGCAAAAUCGAUAGCUACGUUUAGAUAUCCGUUUGCAAUUCCACCUCCGUUUCCCCCAGCAAAGCCAAAUUUGGCUCUUUCUACCCAAGUGAAUAAAAUGAAGCAGACAGCCAACGAAGCCUUCAAGCGGAAAAAGUACGAGGAAGCCAAAAAAUUAUACAGUCUUGCUUUACAUUUAGCACUCAAUCGUUGUUCUUGGGAACCCGCCUUGCUGACUCGCGAAGAAGUAAGCACUAUGCUCUGUAAUCGUGCAGCCGCUGAAUUGUCGCUUUCACAGUUCCCAGAGGCGUUGGCGGAUGCAAAUGCUGCUUUAAAGAUUCGUAAUACCUAUGGUAAAUGUUUUUAUCGAAAAGCAAAAGCCUUGGAGGCGAUGCAUCGUAUGGAUGAAGCCAAACAAGUCGUUCGAGACGGUUUAAUUUUGGCUGAGCCUAUUACUCGAAAUGAGCUCGUUUCUUUGUGGGCUACCUAUACGAAAGAAAAUUAA